UUAUUAAAUUUUUCUGGAGUUACCAUCAUAGGUUAUGGCCUGCAUCCGUGGCUGUCUGAAUCUUUUACCUGUAAAUAUUCGAGCGACGAGAAAUUUAAGCAUGUCGGCGAUGAGACGAGCUCAAGAGGCUUUAGACAAAAUUAAGGACAAUAAUCCAUAUUUCGAAAAGUAUGCUGACAAAAUAUCAAAACUUCAGAAAACAUCGCCGGAAGAGUUCCUAGACCGUGUUGACAAAGUCGUGCACCCUAUAAAGGAAGGAAAAAGUCAAGCGCGGACAUACUCGGAGUUGCUCAAUCCAAAACAAUCACGGAAGAAUGAACAAGUCAGUGAAAUACCAUAUAAGAAGUUGGCGGAUAUUAUGAAACUUGAGCUAAUGGAAGAUAAGACGGCUGAGGAAAUCUCAAAGAUUUGGUACGAAUACCAUAAAACAAAGGAUGUGCUUGCGGCCACAUUAACCGUAAACCAAUUUGAUACGCUUAUGGAACGCGCGAAGCAAUAUCCCAUAUUUUUGCUUCCACUUCCUCGUAGCGAAGGUUUCGAGUUUAUAAUGCUACAGUUUGCCGCUAAUGCGGUUCAUUUCACAACUUUGCUAGCCUACCAGGUGCAUGCUGAAAAUGCGCCGGAAUGUUUAACAUUGGUGCACUACACUGAAAUGAAGGAUAAAGGUAUCAUUCUAAUGCGCGGUGAAUAUGAUAGCAAAGUCCUCACUGGACAAGAAGCACAAUGUUUAGCCAAUGAAUUGCAAAUGUUUUAUUACAAAAGUGAUCAAAGCAAAAUAAAACUCUUGGAAACGUUUAACAAAAAGCCAGAUGAGUUCAAGCAUACGGAUUUAAUCAAAGAAGUUGAAAAUAUUCAGUUGGCUUGAAAAAAUAAUAUCCUUGGAACUUUGGUACAUUGUGUAUUUAUUAAAUAUGUAGCUUUUAGAAUUCUUGCUUCAUCGCCAACUGUUUUAAGAAUGUUUCUAUAAAUGUAAUAAACGAAAAUGAGAAAUCUUCGAAA